GAGGGGGCGAGGCUGAGCUGCGGCGGCGCUUAAAGCGGAGCCAGAGCAAGGUUUCGCGUGCCUCGUUUUCGCGGUUUUGAGCUCGGCCAUGCCGAACCGCAAGGGCGCCCGUAACGCUUACUACUACUUCGCGUUGCACCGCCUGCCCGAGCUGCGGCGGCUAGGCCUGCCCGUCGCGCGUGUGGUUGACGCCAUUCCCUACUGCUCCCAGGAUUGGGCGUUGCUGACUGAAGAUGAAAAGGAGAAAUAUGCAGAAAUGGCUCGUCAGUGGAAAUCGGCAAAAUCCACCGAUGCAUCAGUAAAACAGCUGUCCAGUCAGACUUCUCCGAUUCCUGCGCACCUGCCCAUCCAAAUACAGAAAAGCCCAACUCUUCCAAAUGCCACUAAUCUUCCGGGGAGGAAUGAUCAAGCUGUGCUUGGGAACAGUUUUUAUUUCCUGAACAUUCUCAGCCAUGGAGAACUGCCCUCUCACUGUGAGCAGCGCUUCCUCCCUUGCGAGAUUGGUUGCGUCAAAUACUCACUGCAGGAUGGUAUAAUUGCUGACUUCCAUUGCUUCAUAGCGUCUGAAGAGGUACCAUGUGGCUUUCGGUAUCACUGCCAGGCUGCAAGUGAUGCCACUCAUAAAAUUCCUGUUUCUGGCUUUGAACUCUCAAAUGCUGCUUAUCCUCUUGUAUUGCAUGAACUUUACAAAUUCGUCCAGCCAAACCAGGGAAGCUGGCCACUAGUGUUUUGCAAGUCUAAUGAUUGGCACAGAGUUAACUGGUGUCUGAAGCACAUGGCUAAGAAAAUAGGCAUUGAGAACAAGUUUGAGCUCCGGAAUGUGGAAGAUCUGGUAGUGGAAUUGUACCAGCAGAAACUUCAAAAGGAGCCCUCGAAGACCUGGGUUCGCAGCCAACUGGAUGUCUCCAUUUGGGAUUACUCCAGUAACACCAGGUGCAAGUGGCAUGAGGAAAAUGAUAUCCUAAUCUGUGCUUUAGCAUCCUGCAAGAAAAUUACCUAUUGUAUUAGUAGUUCUCUGGCCAAUGUGUAUGGAAUCUCACUGACAGAAGCUCACCUACCUCUGCAAGACUGUAUAUCUAGCAAUAACCCAAGUCCAAAGGUCGCAAUACUGGAUGCUGGACGGUUCCAGAAACUGAGGGCUCAAGAACCUUGGUCUACCAGAUAUUUCACUUCUCCAGUUCAGGAUCAAGGAUCUUUCUCUUCUGGUGACUCUCCCUCUGGAGUGAAGAUGCCAUGUGGAAAAAGCACUGUGAAAGGAAGAGGAGUUGUUCGCUUUCUGGAAAACUUAUCCAAUGUACCCAAGUCUUCCAGCAGCUGAAAGCCCACCCUACUUCCUACCUUAUUCAGGAUAGCUGCAUGUUCUGUUGUCUUGUUGCUAGAAUAGUAGUGUGGGGUAGUGCUUGAGAGAAGUUACUUUGUUAAUUCUUAUGUGAAAUCCUAACAUCUCAACCUCUUGUUUUCUUGACUCAAGGCAUCACUUCAGCUUUAGUGUCAUUGCCAAUAGAAACACAGAUGCAGAAAGUGGUGGUGUUAAUAAUAGUCAGUGGCUGUGUGUGUUAGAUUUUUCUGAUGGUUUAAUAUAGUAGCAAACAAGUUGGUUGAAUAGCUUUUAUUUAUACAUUUACCUCUGUUCUUCCUAUCAUUAUUGUGUCCUGUCCUGUCCGGCCGUCCAUCCAUUUUCUUCUACAGACACUCCCUCUGUUCUUGGACAUUAAAGUUAGAAGAUCAAUCAGCAACUGCUGACUGAAAGGCAGCCCUGUCUCCAUAAAGUGAAAAUAAUUCCCAGUGGAUGGGUAAAGGGGCAAUGUGGGAAGUAUUCCUGAGGGAAUGCUGCUAUAAAUUCAAGCUGUCCCUUGUCCACAGAUUUGUGGAGGUUUUUUGUUGUUGGUUUUUUUUAGUGUUUUCUUGAAAAAUCUGUAUUUUUUUCCCCCAUAAAUUUUACUGGGAAAAGUCUUGCCAGCUGUUUUUUCAUUUAGAUGCUGAAAAUAACAGACUCUCUUUCAUGUUGUGCUUUAUUUUUUUUAAUUUGUAUUUAUUUUUUUGCUCUGUGUACCUUUGCUGGCAAAUGGUGACAUAACAAUCUGCUGUCAUCUGUUUCUUAAAACCAUAAGUUUCCUGACAAUAGAUCAUAACAUCUUUUCUUUAAAAAUUCUGAACCUAGUAGUGUUCUUUACAUGAAUAUAGGUACAAUUUCAAAGUUAGCAGGUUUGGGAUAAUGCUGGUCAAAAGUAUUUGAGUACCAGUAACAGUGAAAGACAAAACUGAGAAAAAUGAUUGCAUGUAUUAAGGAACUGGAUUCUUUACCUUAAGGAACAAAUGGAUAUUUGAUCAGCUUACUGGGAAGUUGUUUUGUUCUGAAUGCUGUUUAAUUUUUUUAGUUGGUUGCCUCUGUUCAUUAAUUUUUAAGGGAAAAAAGAGUUUAAGUGUUGAAGUGAUAUUGUAGCUGUAAUAGUCCAGGAAAUGUGCAUAAGGCAAGAGUUUGGGGGUUGUUUUUUUUUUUUAAAUGGGUGAUAUCUUUUAGUGGAUCAUAGUAGAGAAAUAAAUAUAUAAGCUGUUGGGUACUAGGCAAGUUUCGUUGGAAACCUAGAGAGGCAUGCCUUGUACCCAAAAACUUGUCUAAAUCUCUCCCAACCAUCCAGUUAGUCCAAUAAAAGUAUUGUCCACAACAAUCCUGUCUUGUUUAUCUAGGAUGCUUUUACACCUUCCUCCAACUAAAGUGGCUGUUGUGUGAUGUUUCCAUAGCAACUAAUUGUCAUAUUACAAAAUGGAUUCAUAUCCCUGUUAGGCAGCAAAAACACAGAUCUCAUUUCAUCAAGCAGUUAAGCCUUUAAUGUUUAACCUUACUUUUAAGGAGCUUGGAUACCAUGAUGUGUGUGGUACAAGUGUUUAGUUACUCAAAACUAGCUUCAUUUGCACUGAGGUCAUUCCUCCAGUGUUACAGGACCACUGAACUGUCUUUAUCUUCUGUCUGACAGACCAGUUUAUAUUCCUGUCAAUAGUCUUUGUAUGAUUCAAAAUUUCUAUAACCUUUUCUACAGAGGAUGUCAUUCUACCUGAUGAACCUUCACCAGGUAGGAGACUAUAAAGCUUCUGAAAAUCGAACUCUGAGAAUGAAACACUUGGACAUACUUGAUAUGACUGAUCACUUAUUUUUUGAGUGACACCUGAGAACUUGUCUCCAUUCAAGCUUCAACAUGCGACUGCAUCAUUCUUAAAUUAGUCCAGGGCUGUUCAACUGGCAGCCUGCAGCUCACAAGGGGUUAUCACCCUGUCUGCUGCUCUCACCACUCCAGCUGUUGCUACUGAGGUCUCUGAGCAACCCUUCCUCCUCCAGCUUUUGGUUCCUGCCUCUGCUACAUGGGGCAAGGGAGGUAGGGAGGAUCCAUGGUCUAUAUGAGAUUCAGCCCCCAGCCACUUAGAAGUUGGACAGUUCGGUGUUUGCUCACAUUUUCUUAAGGAGUAUAUGUUCCAAAAUAUUGGUGUUUGGGCCCUUUUUUUGAGAACUGUUUUGAUUUUGAUUAUAUUGUUUGUGGAAGCCAGUGCAUUUGUUUAAAGUUGUGGUUUGCAGUCUCAAUCAGGUACCCUAAUUAAAUACCCAGAAUAAGCAUUCUUAUUGGUCUGACUUCUCUGUCUCACAGGCUGAGAUUUCAACUGUGAGAAAUCCAGAGCUAAGGUUCCCACAAGUCUGCUCUUUGUAACUAUGCUUUAUAGUUGCAUGAAAGCUAUACCUUACACAGUUCCAUACUAUGUGUAGCGAGAGGACUCUAACUCCCUAGAGCAGUAGGUUUCUUAUUAUGGUGUCCAACAAAACCAAGUAAUGUAAUGUAUGUCAAAAUGCAUGUAAAUAAUGUCUUGCGUGUACUUAAUAUAGUGUCCUUUCUUAUUGCUACUAUACACUGUAAUAGAGAUGCCCUGGUAAUAGGUGUAAGAGAACACAGUUAAGUCUUCUGUUGCUGGAGCUGUCUGGCUUGCAUAUGGCUUGACAUCUCAUUACUGUAUUAAAAAAAAAUCUGUUUGAUUCAGUUUAAGAGACAAUAUUUCUCGUCACUAAUGCAAAGUGGAAGACAAGGGAACAUACAUAAUGGGAGCCAUCAGCACCAUUGCUAUGUGCUAAUAUUGCUCAGGCACAGUUAAAAUUAGGAGACCUAUAGGAACUUUCAAUAACCCUGUCAUACAAGUCUGGGGAAAUAAAGAACAGAGUAGAAGUCAGCAUGGUACUUGGAGUAUAUUGAACCCCCUCUCUUCCUGAUAGCUUUAUAAUAUUUGCAUGUAUGCAACAAGCUGGAUUUUUUUUUAUAUACUAGUGUCACUGGGCUGAGCCAGGUGACAAUCCACAAUAGCAGGAGGGCAGUGACUCAGACCUGACUAAUAUAGUUUAAUUAAAGCUGGCUUUUAGAGGGGAGAUGUGUCAGAUGGUAUGACUUACGUAGGUGUGCAACCUCUACAUAUGCAGACAAUAGUCAAAUAUUGUACUUUCCACAUUAGUGAAUAGCAAAGGGCUUAAAGCUAACACCACUUUCUUUGAUUUUUAACUGAAUAGAAUAAAUUGCUUAAUCACACACCACUACCUUUCCCUUUGUAUUAGAAAGGUGUUGGCCUAGAAAAACUGUUCUCAUUCUGACGGUCAUGAGUGUAAGUCAGUACAGCACUUUUCAGACAUGUGCUGCUAUUGCAGUUUGAUUCAUGAUCAUACAUGUCAUUGUUAAGCAAAACGUGAGAGGAGAAAUAAAUGUCUGCUAUUUGAAAUAAAGCAUGUUUUUUUAUGGUAAA